AUGGAAAUCACAUGGCUGGCUGAUACGCCGCAGUCGCGGAAUCGGGUGCGCGCACCAAAGGCCUGCGCGGAUUGUCAGCGGCGGAAGAAACGAUGUCGUCACUUUCUGCCAUAUCCUCAAUUGGGCUCAAAUGAACGGGCGAGGGGUGUUCGAGGUCAAGACCAGGCUCGAAAGAGCGUGUCCGGUCAUGAGAUUGGGGCUGAUGGCAGUGCCAAUGACCAAAUCCAAGACGAUAUCAGACCACGACCUUCGACUUGUUCUCGCUCUGCAUCGACGGGGCGCACGAUUUCACCAACGGUCUCAACAUCAAUAUCAGCAUCAGUAUCGCCGUCGUCGCCCAUGGAGCGCUUCGUCGGCGAUCUCAAUCCGGAGGCCGUGAUUCGCGAACGGCUCGACGAGUCCACGCCAAACUCUCUUCGAGAUCGUGUAGGUGUUUGGAUUAACCCGGGGGAUCGUGAAGAGUCUACGCGGACUGCGAGCUCACAUGUACAUACGUCACUCAAUCUGAACACCCUGCACCCCGAGGUUUCGGCCCAGCAAGAUCCGACUAUCACCGCCACCCUCGUCCAGCAAUAUACGUGCGCCUUGCAGGCUUGCAGUCGACUUCCUCUGUCGACGGUGGAACCACUGACGGCGCUGUUCAUGUCCAAGAUCAAUCCAAUUAUUCCUCUACUGGAUCCUUCAUCAGUCUCGUUCUCAUCAUCAUCAACAAAAUCAUCACCGUUACACUCCAACUCCAACAUCAAUACAAACCACAUCUCUCAUCUGUCACCCGCAACGAGACCCUCCCCCCUCCUCGAACGAGCAAUCUGCCUCGUCGCGGCCAAGGACGCCUCUGCCCACCCUCACUUACACCUCACCACCACCACGUCUCCCCCACUCUCGACCCGCCAUUUCUGCACCAAGCUCUACAAAGGCCUCGUCUCCGCCAUGCACGCCGGUCUCGAACCAGACCGAUACACCCGCAUCCGUAUUCUCGCACUGAUGUCUCUACACUGCGAGGGUUACGAAGGCGCAGAGUCUGCAUCGCUGCAUCUGUGCGAAGCGAUCCACCAGGCUCAGACGGCGGGACUGCAUCUUGCGCGACCGGGCCGGAACGCGCACGAUGCGUCGUCGCUGGUGUUCUGGGCGUUGUGGACGUUGGACAAGAUGAAUGCUUGUUUGGGAGGCAGGGCGGUGAUGUUGGCGGAUAGGGACAUUGGGCUGGAGAGGCCGUGGAGGAAUUGGUGGGGAGGGAGUGGGGAGGACGCGAGCAGCAUGCAGAGUCAGAGUCAACAUCGGAGUCCAGGGCAGAGUCAAAGUCAGGGCCGAAAUGGUCCGAGUCGAUCACUACGCUGUGAUCGUCAUCUGGAGCCAUUUAGAGUGUGGUUUGGAAUUUCCGAAUUACUCGAUACGGUCAUCUCUUUCUAUCGGCCUGGGGCUGGGGAGUCGAGCGGAUGGGAAGAUGGAUUUCCUGCAUUUGAGGAUAUAGUGGGGGAGACGAGACCGGGGGAUUUGGAUUACAACACACUAGCAGCCUUCCUCGAACUAUACUACCACUCCGUCGCCAUUCUCUCUCGCCGCCACAAACCCCGCGAACCGCUCGAUAAUUCCAAACACUCUUCCAUCCGUCAAGGUCUCUCCGCCCUCCGCAUCCAUUCCCUCCUCACAUCCUCGCAGACCCUAACCCAGACCCUGACUAAACCAUCCACCUCAACCUCUGAACCACACUCCAGACAUUCCCUCUCCAACACUACCACCGCAAAAAGUACGCGUAGCGCCAGCACCAGCACCAGCACCAGCACCAGCACCAGCACCAGCAAAAGACUCACAAACCCCAACCUCCCUGCCCUCCCCCUAAUCCCCUACUCCAUCUCCCUGGCCCUCGGCGUCUCCUACCGCCAAGUGCGCUCCAGUAAACUGAUCACGUACCUGGACCGGGCGAAAGCCAGCCUCGCGGCGAAUUGUGCGUUGCUGGAGGAUCUGAGCGAGCAGUGGUAUGCUGCUGAGGCGAUGGCGCGGUUGGGACGGAAGGCGUUGGUGCAGAUUGGGGAUGGAGGGGGAAUUGAUGCACGGGGGAGAUGGACGGGGACGAGGUCGAGGGCAAGGUCGAGGUCACCGCGGGACCAAGAGCUUGGGUAUCGUCAAUCUGUGACGGCGAGGGUUUCUCUCGCGCCGGUGCCGGUACCGGUGCCAGGGCCAGUUACGAUGGCGACAAAGAUACCGGGAGAACACGACAUACUUCUACAGGGCAUGGCUGCUGCUGCUGCUGCUACUGGUGAAAAUGGAGGUAGCCUGCUUACUACUUCAACGCCGAACCACAACCAGAGCCAGAACCAUGAUCUCCCUCUCCCUCUCUCCCCUCGAUCACUUUCUUAUCCGCAUCAACACCUCCAGCAUGAACAACAGCAACAGCAACAACAAGAACAACAACAACAGCUCGAGCCAGACCCAGCAGCAUCUGCGACAGCGGAUACCGCUACAACCGACCCAAUCAACCACUUCACCGACAUUGACAUGAUCUUUGGCGAAUUUCUGGAUCUAUCCAUGCCGACUAAUUUCAAUUUUUGGGAUCCGAUUUUUGCAACGGAUGGGGAUGGAGAUGGAGAUGGUGAUGAUUUGUUGGAUGGGUAG